AUGGCAAAUUCUGCUGCGAAACCCAAGUUUAGUCUGAGACUUCUCAUUGACGAGGAGAAAAACAAAGUUGUUUUGGCUGAAGCUGGGAAAGAUUUUGUCGAUGUACUUUGUAGUAUUCUUACACUUCCUAUGGGUACCAUUGUUAGGUUGCUGGAGAAGCAUCAAACUCCCCAGUCUCCCAUUGUUGGCUGUUUCCACAAGCUUUACAAAAGUGUUUCAGACAUGAGCGUUGAUCAUUUCGAGACAAAAGCUUGCAAGAAUCUGUUGAUGUAUCCUCGGAGUGUCAAGGAGAGUUAUCGCGGAAAGCUCAAGCUGAACAUAGAUGACACCGACACCGUGACUGGGGCGACUGGGUUCUUUAUCUGCCCGUAUUUUAUGUCCAAUGAGGCUUGCUGUAAGGUAUACAGCAAUACUAAUACCUCAAGGUGUAUUCAUUGCGGAAGCUCGAUGAACCACAAGAUUCAGGGUCAAGGAGAGCAAGCUGAUGGAGUAUUCCCUAGUUGCAGAACGUCAUUUAUCAUCACCAAUGAUCUGAAAGUGUCAUUGAACUCGAUGGGUCUUGUCCUGAAUAUCCUCAACGAUCUAGGCUAUGCUGGUUUUGAUAAGCUACAAGAAAUGGUCAUUGAUGUUGGUUCUGAAGAGGUGCUAACUUUGCUGGGUUGUUUAUUCACUUCAGAAGCUCCUUUGACUGACACAUUCCUGAGGAAACAUUGUACAACAAGGAAACGUAAAGCGCUGACGCCACUGGUGCAAGAAAAUGUUGUUGCAGGAGAUGCAGACAACUUUAUCAUUAUUAAAGUUUACAGUAGGAAGACUGACAAGAUGGUUCUUUAUGCGGAGUGCAGAGAAGACUUCAUUGAUCUUCUAUUCACAUUUCUUGCCAUACGGCUUGAGUUUGCCUGGGAACUUUCUGUUGACUGUGUGAAUAUGGGCUGCGUUGGAAAUCUUUGCAGAAGCGUGGAAGAUUUGAGCUUUGAGAAGCAGAAAGAAGCCAAAGUUUCCGAAUGUAUGCUUCCUUCUUAUUAUAAGUUCAGGGCACAACUGCUUGAUAUUGUUAUCCAGGAAGGAGAUUCUGAGUAUGAAUGUUUGGUCCCCCGCAACGGAUAUUCAAGAUUGUGA